CCAAUCAGAUAAUGUAACUGAAGCAUCAACCGCAUCACCUCAGCCCGCCUCUUUCCUCUUCCCUUCUUUAUCUGUCAUUACUGCAUCCUCCAUUAUCUCCAUACAUACACCCACCACCCUACACUCCUCUCAGAUUCUUCAUUCACCAAAUCCUUCUAUGAAAUAAAACUUCUUUCUGUUCAUCAUUCUCCACUGGUAUUCAGCAAGACAAGCAUGUCCCACAAACGAAGACAAUUGCAGAUCUUGGAUAACAAAUGGCUGCCUUAGCAACUGCUGAAGUUUGUGAUUCAAAUGCAGCACAUCUGACGAGCGGUGAUUUGCGUGUUUUGCAACCAAUCUUCCAGAGUUAUGGGCAGUGUCGAGCUUUCUCAGGCCCCAUUGUCACACUUAAGGUAUUUGAGGACAAUGUGUUGGUAAGGGCGCUUCUUGAAACCAGAGGUGAAGGAAGAGUCCUAGUUAUAGAUGGUGGAGGAAGCAUGAGAUGUGCCUUGGUGGGAGGGAAUAUAGGACAGUUGGCACAAAAUAUGGGAUGGGCUGGAAUUGUGGUGAAUGGCUGCAUUAGAGAUGUAGAUGAGAUUAACGAUUGUGAUAUUGGAGUUAGAGCCCUGGGGGCUCAUCCCAUGAAAUCAAACAAAAAAGGCAUUGGUGAGAAGCAUGUCCCUGUUUACAUAGCAGGUGCCUUAAUUCGUGAUGGGGAAUGGUUAUACGCAGACAGCGACGGUAUUCUGGUCUCAAAAUUUGAGCUCUCUCUUUGAACCAGCGGUUUUGACUCCCCCACUUAAGUGUUUGAUAAUAUGAAAUUGGGUUCUAAAUUAUCACUUCAUCAUUCCCUGAUAGCAUAUCAGACUAUGCAUAUCAGAUUACUUUCAUGCUCAACAUGUAAUAAAACAGAAAGUUUUUGUCCUGCUGUUAGCUAUUGCAGAUUCAACAUUACUCCCAGCUCCAAACUAAUUGUAACAGAGGGUCUCUCUUGAUGUUUUAAUAAACUUGUGUUUUUCCC